AUAACAUCCGGUCCAGGAUGAGGAGCAUCAGCUGAGUCCGUCUGGAUCUGGUUCGGGUUCGGGUUCGGUCCGGGUUCUGAUAUGGACAACAUGCCGACAGGAGACCCGCGGUUCCUGAAGAGGAGGGUGAAGGGCUGCAGUCUGGACGUCCACCCCUCACAGAACGCCCUGGUGCUCCAGUACCAGGUGGAGGCCACAGUUCUGGGUCAGCUGGGAGACCAGGUGGUGGCAGAACGCAAGGAGUGUCAGAAAAUAGUUCGUCUGAAAAGCCUGAACUCGUCCACGGACACGUCGUCUCUGGCCCGGAAGGUGGUGGAGGAAUGUCACCUGAUCCACCCGUCCAGAGUCAGCGAAGUGGAACAGCUGUUGUUCUACCUGCAGAACCGCAAACAGACCGACGAUAACCAGGACAGGAAACUGGCCCCGCCCCCAGACUUUACAUCAUACGCUGGAGUCCAGCUGGACGAGGAGGCGAACAUCACCAGCGUGGACCAGUACGUGGAGCUGUUGUACGAGGACGUCCAGGACAAGAUCAGAGGAGCCACACUUAUCUACCAACUGGCCCGAAACCCAGACAACCUGGAGGAGCUGAUCCACAACGAGACGGCGCUCGGAGCCUUGGCCCGAGUCCUGAGGGAGGACUGGAAGCAGAGCGUCGACCUGGCAACCACCAUCAUCUGCAUCUACUACUGCUUCUCCAGUUUCUCCCAGUUCCACGGCCUGGUCACACACUUUAAGAUCGGAGCUCUGUGCAUGAACAUCAUCGAACACGAGCUGAAGAGGUUUGACCUGUGGCAGGAAGAGCUGCAGAAGAAGAAGAAGGUCUAUGAAGAAUCUUCAGACAAUCAAACCCUGAAGAAAGACCAUGAGAAGUCCUUCAGGAAGUUCCAGAGUCUUCUGUCCAAGCAGGAGCAGCUCCUCAAAGUGGCCCUGUCGCUGCUGCUGAACCUGGCUGAAGACACUCGCACCGAGCUGAAGAUGAGGAACAAAAACAUCGUGCACAUGUUGGUGAAGCUGUUGGACCGAGAGGACGAGGAGCUGCUGCUGGUCGUUGUCUCCUUCCUCAAGAAACUCUCCAUCUUCCUGGAGAACAAGAACGACAUGGCCGAGGCCAUGGCGGUCCACAAACUGGCCCGUCUUCUUCCCGGUCGUCACCAGGAGCUGCUCGGCACCUCCCUUCGCCUCCUGCUCAACCUGUCCUUCGACUCGUCUCUGCGCUCUCAGAUGGUUCAUGCCGGACUCAUCCCCAAACUGUCGGCGCUGCUCGCUGACGAGGCCCAGAGACAGCUCAGCAUGUGCGUCCUGUACCACAUCAGCAUGGCCGACAGGUUCAAGUCCAUGUUUGCAGACACAGACUGCAUACCGCAGCUCAUGAAGAUGGUGUUUGAAUGUGGAGAUGAUCAGAUGGAGGUGGAGCUCAUCUCGCUGUGCAUCAACUUGGCAGCAAACAAGAGCAACGCUCAGAUCUUCUGUCAGGGUAACGGGUUGAAGAUGCUGAUGAAGCGAGCAGUGAAGCUGAAGGACGUGUUGGUAAUGAAGAUGAUCCGGAACCUUUCUCAGCACAGCGGACCCACCAAGAGCCUGUUCCUGGACCACGUGGGCGACCUGGCGGCUCAGAUCAGGGAGGAGGAGCCUGAGGAGCUGGUGAUUGAGUGUCUGGGGACCCUGGCCAACCUGACCCUCCCAGACCUGGACUGGGCUCUGGUCCUGAAGGAGUACCACCUGGUCCCGUACCUGAAAGACCGGCUCAAACCAGGUUCUGCUGAGGACGACCUGGUUCUGGAGGUAGUCAUCCUGAUCGGCACCGUGUCCAUGGACGACUCCUGCGCCGCCAUGUUGGCCAAGUCUGGAAUCAUCCCGGCUCUGAUCGAGCUGCUCAACGCUCAACAGGAGGACGACGAGUUUGUGUGUCAGAUCGUCUACGUCUUCUAUCAGAUGGUUUUCCACAAAGCCACCAGAGACGUCAUCGUCAAAGACACUCAGGCUCCUGCGUAUCUCAUUGACCUGAUGCACGACAACAACGCAGAGAUCCGCAAAGUCUGCGACAACACCCUGGACAUCAUCGCUGAAUACGAUGAGGAGUGGGGGAAGAAGAUCCAGAUGGAGAAGUUCCGCUGGUACAACGGUCAGUGGUUGGAGAUGGUGGAGAACCGGCAGAUGGACGAGGACGGAGACGACUUCCUGUACGGAGACGACGCCGAGCCCUUCACGGUCCACGAGGACGUUCUGGAGAGACCGGACCUGUUCUACAGCACAGACGGGGUCGUUUCUGCAGACGGAAUCCUCAGUCCAGAUUUCUACUCCGACUUCCAGAACGGAGACCUGGGUCGGUCGGCCUUCAUCAGCAGUCUUUCAGAUCAGUUGGUUCUGUCGGAUCGACCCGUCAGCGCCUACGGGUUCAGAGGAGACGACCAGUUCUACUACGGCUUCAACACAGCGUCCCGCUAAAACCUGGACCAGAACCACAUCCACAGGUCCAGAUGAGGACAAGCAGGACCGGAUCUGGACCCCUGAGACCAGAUCUGGACCACCAGGACCACCAGACCAGUCAGGUUCUAUGUGAAAAUCUACUGCAACAUGAUGUUAAUUUCCAACAUUUCACUUUUGGUGCUUUUACUUUUUCUGUGUGUUUGAGUCAAAUGAACAUUUAAUGUAGUUUAUUCUAUAAAACUGAGAACGUGUCUCUAGUUUAUUAUAUAAAAAUGUUGUAUUUGCAGAAAAAAGACAAACUGCACAGACUAAAACAUCCACAGA